GCGAGCCAACUGGCAUAUGAGGAGCGAGAGAGCCCUUUGACAGCAGCGCCCGGGUCAUCAGCCCGGCUCCUUUAGCCGCCUCAGCCGCUUCUGCCGCCCUUUCGCCGUCUUAAGCCGCCCUUUGCUCCCCCUUCCGACUCCCGUUGCCCCCUCAAACGCCCUUUCUCCGCCUCAGAUGCCCCUUGCCCGCCCCUUCUCCCCCCGCCUUUCCCCGUGCCUUUAAUUCUUUUCCCGCCCGCGGCUCCCCUCACAGCGGACACCAUGGAGGACUCGCUGAAGCGGGCUCUGGGCACCGCGGUGCUGCGGUCGACCGGACACUCGGGCGGCGGCUGCAUCAGCCAAGGCCGGAGCUACGACACGGACCGCGGCCGGGUGUUCGUGAAGGGCAACUGCGAGGGGGAGGCCAGAAGAAUGUUUCUGGGAGAAAUGGCAAGUUUGGAAGCCAUCCUGAAAACACAGACAGUAAGAGUGCCUAAACCCAUCAAAGUUGAAGAACUGCCUGGGGACAAUACUGUGCUGGUGAUGGAACAUUUGAAAAUGAAGAGCUUAAACAGACAUUCAGCACUUCUUGGAACUCAGCUGGCUGAUCUUCACCUUCAUAACCAGCACUUUAGAGAGAAGAUGAAGAAAGAAGGGAGCACAGUUGGUAAAGGACAAGGGCAAGUGGAAGUCCAGUUUGUGGAUCAGUUUGGUUUUCAUACAGUUACCUGCUGUGGUUAUCUUCCACAGGUGAACAACUGGUGCAGUGACUGGGUGAGUUUCUUUGCCAGACAAAGGAUCCAGCCCCAGAUGGACCUGAUCGAAAGGAGCUCAGGAGACAGGAAAGCAAGGGAACUUUGGGCACAGCUCCAGCUGAAGAUACCCAGUUUUUUCUGUGGUGUGGAAAUCGUUCCUUCUCUCCUGCAUGGGGAUCUCUGGGGAGGAAAUGUAGCUGAGGAUGAUUCUGGUCCGAUUAUCUUUGAUCCAGCUUCUUUCUACGGCCAUUCAGAGUAUGAGCUCGCAAUAGCUGGGAUGUUUGGUGGCUUCACCAGUUCUUUUUAUUCUGCUUAUCACAGUAAAAUCCCCAGAGCCGCAGGGUUUGAGAAACGCCUGAAGCUUUAUCAGCUGUUCCACUACAUGAACCACUGGAACCAUUUUGGUUCAGGGUACAGAGGGUCUUCUAUAAACACUAUGAGAAACCUUGUAAAGUAACUUGCUGCUUAAGCCAAGUACUUUUUGUACUGUUUGGAAAAUCCCAGACUUGCUGGUGCAGCUGAAGGUGUAGUGAUGUUAAAAAACCCCUGUGAGAUCCUUGACCUUCUUGCUCAGCUGAAGAACUUUGAAUUAGUGAGUCCUACUGAGUAUCAAGUAGUUACUUUUUAGGAUUGCUGGGAAUAGCUUUAUCGUGGAAACACCUGCAGAAGGAGCUUCUUCAUUUGCAUAGUGAAUAAACUAAUCUCAGCAUCCUGAAAGCACUUGAGAUUAUGCAAAGUAAUACAAAUAAAUACUGAGGAGAUGGCAAAAAAAGUUGCUCCUUGUGUUUUGCUGUGUCUUCCCCCCUCUUUCUCAUGCAGUUGUGAGCAUGAGAGCAAUGUUAACAACAUGGUUUGAAAGCCAACAGGAAAAUAAUGUAACAGCAACUGUGAGAAGGGAUUUGGAUUUGCCGUUUAUUAUCACAGAAUGGGUGAGGCUGGAAGGGAUCACUUUUCUUUUGGAUGGAGACUAUUCUCUUAUAAAGUGGAGUGAAAUUUUGGUGCCUCCUAGCAUGCUU